CCCUAGCAGCGAAAACCACAAUCGGGCGGGAUGAAACCGCAAGCCCAGUACAACAUUUAGAACAGGACCAACAGGACAAACACACGUCUAAAAAUGGCAAGAGCCUCAGGAAGACCAUCAUCGGGUUUUCAAACGCUGCGCUUCGCGACCUUGGUCUCAUAGGGCUCUGGUCCCCCGUGCGAACUUUUUUCCGCGGGCAGUGGCGCGAAGUCUUUGCCGACGGGGGUUUUGAGGAAGUAGGAGAUGAAAAAGAAAAAGAAGCGCAAAAUGGAAGAUAUGCAACCGAGGACCAUGACGGAACCACCACCCGCAUUUCCUAUAAUACCGAUUCCUUCCCCCCCGGACAAGCGAGAACGCUACGCUUCACGUUGGACCCGCAGACGAACCACGUGCUGCGACUGCGCAUCAUCAGAACCAAAGACCAUAGAGGAGCGGAUAUUUUGUUGUUUCAGCAACUGUUCUCGGCUGGAACUGGAAGUACUGGAAAUUCUAGCGGUAAAGAAGGCGGAAGCGCGACGGAAGGAACUACGCUCGUCUACUCCGAGAGCAUUCAGAGCAACUACGCGGUUUCAUCAGUGGCAGAAGGCGAUUCUUUUCCUGGAACGGCAUAUCGCAACGCUUCAGCGUUUUUGGAAGACAGCCACCCGGAACCGCAGACGGCGUUUCCUGUGUUCCUUUCGG